AUGUCAGCCUCUGUACUCCCAGUUGCUACUGGCCCCCUACCUGCUGCAACUGCAUUAGCUCAACUCAUGCCUUCAGUGUACUCUGGAUUUGCCAAGCUUGCAGAGCAAUCCCCCGUUUUGAUGGCAAAUGGAGGCAUAUACACUCAGCAUAUGGGUAAAGAGUGUGGAGAGGAGAUUUGCACAGUUAGGUGUGACCCACCAGACACAAGUCUGGAUGCAUCUGGCCCUGCCACUUUUGACGAUCUCAGGUCUCAUUUGGAGAUCACACUUGAGACCAUCAGCAGCAGCUUCCAUAGCCUGCAAAAUCUCAACCAACUGUGA